UUACUCCAAAAUUGAAAUAAUUCAAAAACGCGGGUCAGGACCCGUAGUCACAUCUGGUUCCCGCCUCUUCAAAAUUUGGAAUUUUGGGUGCGUUGUUUCUCAAAUCCCAUAUCAAAUCUUCAAAAUUGGCUGAUUAUAAUCAUAUACUUUAUCGACGACUCAAUAAUCCUUCUCACAAGGUUUGAGGACCAGCGGGUUUAACCCAAAUUUUGUUUCUUUAUCUUGAGAUUCCUAAUUGGUUGAAGUAGGACUUUCUUUCUGUUAAAUUGGGUUUCUAGUUUUGUGGUAAUUUUGAAGUUGUUUACUUUGUAGGGUCUGUUUUCUUGCUUUUUUGGCCUAAUGAUGACUGGAGAUAAUUUCACUGACGAGGUCUCCAAAACACGUGCAGUUUUGGGAGAUCUAACAAAUAGGCCUGAAAAAAGAGAGUUUUCGUCGAUUUUGGGUGGUUCAGAGCUUAAAUCUGGAGAUGGGUGUGGUAAAAAAAUAGUCUAUGAAGAUGGGGAUUCAUGUUUUGCUAAAAGAGUGUGUUUAGGAGUUGAAAGUUCUGUUAAGGAGAAAUGUAAAACCAAAUUUGGAGUUGAUAAGAGUGAUGAGAAGGAUUUGCUUACAGAAGCUAAGCAACCUUGUGUAUCAUCUCCUAUUGAUAGUGAUAUUGAUACUUCUCAGGAUAAUACUGUUACCAUUAUCUCACAUAAUCCUAAUGAAAAUAAGGAAACAUCUAAUUUGUUAGAUGGUACUGUCAAUCUUGUUAAGAGGGUUAGGGAAGUUGUGGAUGCAUCAAGAGAUAGUUGUGCAUCUAGUGGUUCAAUGCCCACAAACUCUUCGUCGUCCAAGAAAGACAGUGAUGAUGAAGUUAGACUCAAUUCUGAUGUUAAGCAAAGCAAUCUAGUAGAUGAUGUUGGCACAAGCGUUGACAAGGAUCUUGGUGUCAGUGAAUUGGCCAGUCGCAAAUAUGGGUCUCUUGAGCAGUCAAGUUUGCCCAAGUCACAGGGUUUGGUUAGAUGCACAGAACUCCAGGGUGAUGGUCAUGCUAAUUUGAGCGCGGUUGCUGACUUGCUGAAUGCUUGCCCUUGUUCUUUUUGCUUGAAAGCUGCCUAUAUUUUGUCAGACCUCCAUUACCAGGACAUCAAAGGACAAAUAGCUGCAUUAAAGAAGAGUCAGAAAGAAGCAAGCAUCUUGGUUAAUAAAUAUGGCAGGGGUAAUCAUACCGACAUUCAUAGCGAAGGAAACUCCAACAAAUCCUCAAAAUUAGAGUCUAAUCUCUCUGCUCAGUGGAGAUCUCUCUUUCAACACAUGGAGGAGAUAAUUGUUAAUGAAAGCAAUCAACUUCAAGCUAAAUUAAUUGCACUGAAAGAUUUGAGAGAAAAUCGCAAGAUGGAUCUAGAGAGGAACACUGGGAUGCCUUCUGACAAUUUGUAGUAACAUUCGUUCCUCUGAUGAUCGUAAGACUUUCUUGUCCCACCAAUUGUAAAAACUUGUGCAUGUGCAUAGACACACAAGUCUUUGUGUGUUUGCAUAUGUGCCUUGUAUUGUUGUUGAGAGAGUUCCUGUAAUUCCUAUUAUUGUCAUGGUAGCUGGGUUCUACUGUGCGCCACUUGUAAUAUCUAUUCGUGCGGUUAUGAUCUGUAUGAGUGAAAUUUUCCAUUACAUAAAAUGAAAUUUAUGGUUUUCUAAUUUCUACUAA